AUUCUCAAGAAUCACUGAGGGGUAACUUAAGAAUUAUAUUUAUAUGCGAGAACCAGAGGGAGAACGAAGAGAGAUAAAUAUUUCUCUUUAUUUCACUCUUUUUAUUUUUGGGAAACAUUGCAAUGGUAAGUGUGACAGUUGUGGAGUUGAUGAGACAAUAGAGCAUGCUAAGUUAUUCUGUUAAAAUCAUGAGGAUGAAAGACAACAGGUGAUUCAAAAAUUAAAUAGAAUUAAAGGUAAAUUAGUUUUAUUUGAUUUAUUUAGAAAUUAUUCGAAAAAUAAAAUUUAUCAGAUAAUAUUUCGUUAUCUUAAAUCAACGCAGUUAUUUAAUAGAAUUUAAAAAGUUAGUGGCAUUCUGGUCCACACUCCACACCAGGUGGCAGUAAGGCAACAUUUGUCGUCGUUUGCCAACCGCCAGAAAACAUCAAAGUAGAAGAAGUGAGAGAAAAAAAAGACAAGAAGAAGUUGGAAAGAACGGGGUGUGGCUUGUUACAAAACAAACUGCUUUCUGUUUAGUCCUUCAGAUGGUACUGGAGAUAAACUAAUGUCUUGUCUAUAAAUCCACAGAAGAAAAGAUCGUUUGCACAAAACAAACGGUGACUUUCAAAGCAGACUGGGUUCCUGUUCAAACUUCACUGCAUCACAUCAUCAUCAGCUUUUUCUUCUGAAAACAAAAAGGAAGUGGUCAGAAUCUCAAAGUCAAGAAACAGCCGUUACUUUGAUUUCUCUCUGACAGAAGUUACUCUGAGAAUUGGACCAAAUGGAUGACUUAUCUACUUUUCAUUUGGCACUUUUCUCCAUUAUUGGCAUUAGCACUCUUAUAACCGUAGUGGCCAUUGUCUUUGCGUGUUUGCUGCCAAAGAAACAACCAGCUCAGGUAUUUGUCAUCAACCUUCUGGUUUCUGAUCUCAUCCAGCUGAUCAGCUUAAUUGUAACUCUAAUGAGAGUUGGAUUUGGAGUUCUGCUCAUCUUCUUCUUUUUUGGCUUUAUUGCCAGUGUUGGAUUUAUGGUGUGCAUCUCAUUGGACAGAUAUCUGUUCAUCGCCAAGCCAAUGUGGUACGAAUCCCGGAGGAAGAAACUUUAUACUGUGUUGGUCUGUGUUGCAGUUUGGUUGCUUGCUGGUCUUUUUAUUGUAGGUGCUAUUCUAGAUAUCAUAGAUGACCAUUAUUUUAUCAUUAUUGUCCGAAUUUUUGGUAUUUUCCUUCUCCUCCCUCUUCCCUGUUUCAUCUUUUUUGUGGCUGGGACUAUUAAAGUUGUAUCUGGAGCUCACAGUGUCCCUGCUGAUGAGAAACGAAGAAUAGUUUCUAUUGUUGUUGCCAUUCUGCUCAUUUACAUCCUGCUUUUCCUGCCUGUUAUAAUUUAUUGUCUGAUACCAUUUGACGCCCACCACAUGAAUGUACUCUUUAAAGUAUAUUCUUUUACUGUCCCUCUUAGUCCUAUAGCAGACUCGAUGUUGUAUGUAUUCCUCAGGAAGGGGUUGGUAGACAAGCUUUUAGCUCCACUGUGUUGCUGUAAAUUGUCCAACAAUCAGCAGACUGUUACCAUGGAUACUGUAGGCGAGACGGUCCGGGUUCGCCUGAACACAGAAACCUCUGCAGAUCCAUGAAUGGGGGUUGAUAGAUGAUAGAAAAACAACAAAAACAAUGUAAUUCACUUUAAAACACGUAUAUUUGUAUAUUUUAUUCUGUUUGGUGUGUUUACUGUGAAAUAUCAGUUCUUGUUUUAUGCAUUCAUAAACACAAAUUGAAUAAUUGUGCUGAGUAUCACUGAACUGUUGCAACCCUGAUCAUUUUCUGCUCAUGUUUGGUUCAAUGAAACAUUAUUUUUCUAUUUACUCAACAGUUUAUCAUCUGUUUUUGGCCUUAAAUAUAUCUGCUCAUUAUGUAGAGUUUCAUGAGUUCAUUGAUUUUAUUUGGCUCUAAUGGCCUUUGACAGUAAACUGACAGGGAAGUGGUUAAUGAGUGUAAUGAGUGAGAGGAAGACAAGAGUCAAAGGUCAACAGGCCGGGACUCGAACCAGUGACGGCUGCGUCGAGGGCUGGAUCGCCCGCUCUACCUCUGCACCACCGCCGUGCUUAGAGCUGUUUUCAACUUUUGUAGAAGUCAGACAUUUAAUAGAAACCUUUGAACAGACAUGCUGUUCUCACCUGGCAAGUGAAGACAUGUUGAAUGUUACAGUUGGUGCAUUGUACUAUUCAUCUGGCUUUUAUGUAAAAAAAAAACAUAAAUAAAGAUUUUAUAUCAAACAA